CAGGCCGCAUUAUUUGAAAGGGCAUUUGGAGAGCUACCAGUUGCCAAUUGGCUGGAAUAUCAUUGGAUGCUGGAACGCUAUUGGAGAGCGACAGAAUAUGAGUGUCUCACAGAGCUACUAUUUGGAGAGCGACAGAAUGGAAUAUCAUUGGCUGGAACGCUAUUAGCUGUCAGCCCUGUCUCACCUGUGAUGGCUCCCAUUGGAACAGCACAGGCUGUAGCAAAGGAACUUCUUAAUUCGAUUUUGGAUGCUGUUGUUCGGAUAUUCGGAGAAACAUGUUAUUGUUGGAGAGCUUCUAGAAUCAAAAUCCUCACAACAAAGUGACAUGAACACACCAAAGUCAAU